ACAUGAGGCUCUCUUCUUCUUCGCUUCAUCUCCAAGAAACAAACACUCAUUCUUGCGUUUGAUCUUUUUCUUGAUCGAUUUACUUUCAUUAUAAAGGACGAACCAAUGAAAGCAGAAGGCGAAGGAACUUAUUGGCUGAUCAAAGACGAACUGAUCAAAGCAGAAGACGAUGUAAUAAUCUCACGUUACCUGAAGCGUAUGAUCGUUAACGGAGAUUCAUGGCCUGAUCACUUCAUCGAAGACGUAGACGUGUUCAACAAGAAUCCAAAUGAGGAGUUUUAUUCUCCGAGCACUAGAUUCCUGAUCGUUAAAACACGAACAGAGGCUUGUGGUAGAACCGAUGGAUGUGAAUCGGGUUGCUGGAGGAUCAUUGGUCGUGAUAAACUGAUAAAAUCGAAGGAGACUGGGAAUAUUCUAGGGUUCAAGAAGAUUCUCAAGUUCUGCUUAAAGACGAAACCUAGAGAAUACAAGAGAAGUUGGGUAAUGGAAGAGUAUAGGGUUACCAAUAACUUGAACUCGAAGCAAGAUCAUGUCAUUUGCAAGAUUCGGUUUCUGUUCGAAGCUGAGAUCAGUUUCUUGCUUGCCAAGCAUUUAUCGUAUCUCUCCACUAGGUCACCGCGUCCUGCAAAUCAAUUGUUGCCAGCUUAUGGAGUGUGUUUAUUCGAUACAGAAGCGGAGGGUGCAUUUUAUCUGCAGAAGAUAAUCGAUUACGAUGGAAACACUUGGCCUAGCUACGUUACGAACAAUGUGUACCGUUUGCAUCCAUCGACGCUUGUGGAUCCUCAAGAUGACAAGUUUAAAGAGUUCGGAACAUGUAUCUUUGCUAACCGGACAAAGGCUUGUGGUAAAACCGAUGAAUGCGAUGGUGGUGGUUACUGGACGAUCGUAGAAGGUCAUAGAGGUAUCAAGUCAAAAACAGGGGAGAUUCUUGGUUACAGUAGGGUUUUUCAGUUAUCGGAAAAUGAGGAACCAAUAACUGUUUGUGAAGGAGAAGAUGUGAAUGAAACAGCUUGGAUUAUAGAAGAGUAUAGGCUUGACGAAAAGAAGAAGAAGGAUAAAGUGUUGUGCGUUAUCAAGAAGAUCUUAAUCCCACUAAGCCCACGGUAACAAGGAGAGACUUUUACUCUGGAUCUCAUAAUUAUCUAACGCAAAAUACUAGAUAGUAACUGAUCAUGGAUUCAUGAGUCUUUGUGUUCUUUUUUUGUUUUCAACAAUAUGGUUUCUUAGUUUUUCUAUUCAAUUUGGUUUAGAGACUACUUUUAAUAUGCUUAUUUAGUUCCCAUGGUUUGUGGUUGUGAGAGGUGAAGUUUGUGGUUAAACACAAAAUAACGCUAAUCGAAUGUAACAAUGAAAUUAGCAGCAAUCAUACACAUCAGAUUAAAUUUGAGCCCAAACGUAGCCAAUCUAUGAAAUGAAACCAAAGAUUUACAUGAUUCGAAACCAACCACAAAUUUCUGAAUCAGCAACCCUAAUAAUCUAUAGAUCAAAAUCAAGUUAUAUGUAAAGAACUUGAUUUUGAUAACUUGAUUUCGAAUCAUGUAAAUGUUUGAUAACAAAAUCAAGUUAGGAUGGCACAUGACAUGCCAAACCCCAACGAGCAUCCUAAGCACCGUGGCUUGAUUACAUAAUGGGCUUGUUUGGGUUUUGCUAAUGGGCUUCUUUUUUGUCAAACCUUUUUUUUUUUUUACUUUUAUCAAUAGUCAAUAUCUUGAAGAUCUUCUCAUCUUUAAUUAAUAGAAAUCUUAGGUACAACAAUUGUCGAUUUGAUUAUCGACCAUAUUAAGAGAUUCGAUCUUAUCUUAUCUUAUCUCAUUCUCGAUAUCAUUUUAAUUCUCACCACAAAGCAAAAUUUUGAUAUUAAUUUCCCUUAAUUAGCACACUUUCUUUAUUCUAUAAAAACGUUUUACAACAUUGUCUAUAUCACAUCGUUUUCUAAGUUCACAAAAUUUUCGAGGAAAAACACAAUCUUUCUAUGAUGAUGGGAAAAAAUUCGUCUAAGUCUGCUUUCAUCAUCCUUUUAGCUUUUACUGUGAUGAUAUCCCUGACAUUUCAGAUUACUGAGUCGAAACGUCUCUUACCUGAAGAAACUUCUCUGCAUCCUGAAGCUUCACUAUCGGUUAAACCAAAUGGGUUUAGUUUUUGUACACCAAAAUGCAAAGAAUUAUGUUUUGGUACAGGCUGUUAUUGCGUUUGCCCUCAAGAUCUAAAAACAUAAAUUGUAAUCGUAACUAAAUAAAAUGUACUAGUGUUUAAUA